CGUCCCGCUCGUAUUCGGUUCCGUCACUCUGAAACGAAACGUUUUUCGAGCCAGCCGACUCCGCCGACUUCCUCAUCCAUUCGACCGAUCGACGCGAUGGACGGGCAGAAGAAUCAUUCGCCGCAGAAAUCGUUCGAUCUGAUCGACUGCGCCGUGUUCGCCGGUAUGCUGGCCAUCUCAGCGAUCGUCGGCGUUUACCAAGCGUACAAGGCGCGGAAAAACACCGACGCGGUGCGGGAGUAUCUCGUAGGAGGACAAAACAUGUCCAUAUUCCCUAUAAGCAUGUCGCUGAUAGCCAGUUACAUAUCGGGAAUAGCGAUCCUAGGGUUGCCUGCGGAGAUGUACGUCUAUGGGACGCAAUUAUGGUGCGUGGUGAUCGGCGAUUGCUUCGUAUCCCUAACGAUGGCCUACGUUUAUCUACCGGUGUUUUACGGUCUCGGUAUCACUUCCUCUUACGAGUAUUUGAAGCUAAGAUUCAACGACGCCGUUCGACUGAUGGGUUGCGCGAUAUUCCUCAUCAAAAUGCUGCUGUACAUACCCCUGGUGAUAUACGUACCCGCGCUGGCGUUCAAUCAAGUGACCGGGAUAAAUCUUCACGCGAUCGCCCUGUUGGUUUGCGCCGUCUGCAUAUUUUACACCACCCUGGGUGGAUUGAAGGCGGUCGUGUGGACCGACGCGAUUCAGACGAUCGUGAUGUUCGGAGGUGUGAUCGUUGUGGCGGUACUCGGCACCAACAGAGCCGGCGGUUUCGAGGAUGUGUGGAAGAGAAACCGCGACACCGAGCGAAUCGAAUUCUUCGACAUGGACCCGGAUCCGACGGUGAGGCACACCUUCUGGACCGUGGUGAUCGGCAACUACUUGAACUGGCUGGCCAGCUGUUCGGUGAAUCAAGCGAUGGUGCAACGAUGCCUGGCGAUGCCGAACCUGAAGAAAGCCAACGUAACGAUCGCGAUUAUGGCAGUCGGUAUAAUAAGCAUCGUCUCGCUAAGUUGUUACACCGGUAUCGUGAUCUUCGCAAACUUCUACGACUGCGAUCCCAUCACGACCAAGCAAAUAAGAAAACCGGACCAACUGCUCCCGUUCUUCGUGAUGGAGAUGGCCGCGUCGAUCCCAGGCCUCCCCGGCCUCUUCGUCGCCGGUGUGUUCAGCGCCGCGCUCAGCACCAUGUCCACCGGUUUGAACUCCAUGGCGGGCGUGAUUUACGAGGACAUGAUAAAACCGUGGCUUCGCGUUCCCCUCUCCGAAGUGGCGGCCAGCCGAACGAUGAAGGCGACCGUGGUCUUGACCGGAUGCAUCUGCGUCACCCUCGUUUUCCUCGUCGAGAAACUCGGCGGACUUAUCCAGGCUGGCAAAAGUCUGUCCGGCAUCACGGCGGGUCCUCUGCUCGGGAUCUUCACCCUCGGCAUGCUCUUCCCUUUCGCUAAUUCCACGGGAGCACUGGUCGGAGGUCUGGUAAGCUUGAAUCUCGUCGCCUGGAUCUCCCUUGGCACCCAAGCGGCCAUCUCAACCGGGAAGAUCAGCUUUCCGGUGAAACCGGUAUCGGUCGACGGAUGUCCGGACUCGCUGAAGCAACACACCGCCAACCUUACCCUCGUCGUCGAAACCGCGAUCAAGGAACAGCCGUUCUUCCUCUAUCGAAUGUCCUAUCUCUGGUACACCUGGGUCGGUUUUCUCACCGCGAUUCUCGUCGGUCUGUUCGUCUCCUGGAUCAGCGGGGCGAACAAGCGCAAACAUGGAGACGAGAAACUCUACGCGCCUGUGAUACGGAGAUUCUUAAGCGACGCGAGUCUACGUACGAAACAACAGGAGAACACGGAGAUGGAGAACGUGAACGCGAACAACGCUUAAGUUUCUAUAGUAGCCCACGUUUGAUCGAUUCUCGUUGGUAGUUUGAUCGG